AUGGAUGGUCUGUGCUUAGCAGGUCGGUCGCAAGAUGCGGUGAAGCUGUUUGACUCGAUGGUGGAUAGGGGCCUUGAACCGGAUGAUAUCAGUUGUACUAUUUUAAUUGAUGGGUAUUGCAAGAAUCGUAAGGUGGAUGAAGCUCUAAAGCUGUUCAAGAAAAUGAAACAAAAUGGAUUGCAACAUACAACUUUUGUUUACACUACAAUGUUAAGGGGACUAUACCGUGAUGGAAGAGUCAGGACAGCAGAAAAUUUGUUCAGGGAGAUGCAAUUUUUUGGUCUAUCUCCAAAUACUGUCACAUACCGUACAGUGUUGGAUGGGUAUUGCAAGAACGGAAAAAUUGUGGAGGCAGUAGAAUUGUUUGAAUCCAUAGAGGGUACUGGUAUCUUGGUUGAUGUUGAUAUGUACAAUAUUCUUAUUCAUGGCAUGUUCCGAGCUGACAAGUUGGAAGAUGCAAGAAAACUAUUUAAUGAAGUCCCGAAUAAAGGAUUAGUGCCUGACAUAGUAACAUAUACCACAAUGAUAAAUGGCCUCUUUCGUAGCAAGAUGUUAUCCGAGGCUAAAAAGCUAAUCAUUGAAAUGGAAGAGAAUGGUUGUUUACCAAAUGCUAGAACUUAUGAAACCAUCAUUAAUGGUUUUCUUAUAGCAAGAGAGACUGACAAUUCAUUGCAAUUUCUUCGCAGGAUGCGUGAAAGAGAAUUUGUCCUGAGUGAUUCUGUUGUUUCCUUGUUAACAAACACUCUCUUGGCAGAUGAGCUAAAAAAAUUGUAA